AUGAGCUCUACAACUACUGUUUCCACAGAGUUAAGUCCAAGUUUUGGUGAUCCAUUUCAAGCGUCCAUCACAAUACCCACAAAGAGACCAUCCACUACUGAGAAGAACAAGAUACCCAUCACGGUGUUCAUAAGUAAAACAGGACCAGAUACUCCAUUUGGAUGUUAUAUUUAUUCUAUUAUCCAUCCAAAAACUUCAGAAGUUUUCCAAACUAUAUUAAACAAUUCCAAUGAAGGAUUACUAGAUAUUACAAAGAAACUAUCGAAUGUUCUUUGUAAGAAAUUCCAAUCACCAACUUAUGUGAAUGUUAAUGGAUAUUUUGAUCUUUAUGAUUAUUUAGGUGUGAUCAAGGCCAUAACAGAGUUUAUUGAAGAGAAAUACACCGAAUUGGAAUCAGAAAAAGCAUGA